AUGGCCCCUGGAGGUUAUGGAUAUGGCGGCUAUGGUGGCAACUGGCCUUCAGGUUCCAGUGGUGGAGGGGGACAAACAUCUGUACAAUUCCUCGCAAAUGAUUUAUGGCAUCGUGUAAUUGUGAGUGGUGGAGGAUGUGCAGGUGAUUCCCCUGAUGGACAGUAUUUAGGGUCAGAUGAUGGAUCUGGAGGUUCAGGUGGAAGUUCACAAGCGCAAGGAUGGUGGAAUAUGGGUACAUAUUAUAAUAAUUUAGUAGCAAAUUCCACUUUUGGUUUCUCAUUUGGAUAUGGAGAAUCAGGUCAAUUCGAAAAGUCUAAACACCCUAAUAGCAAUAUUAAUGCUUAUGGGUCAUCUGACCAUGUUGGUGCUGGGGGAGGAUGGUUUGGAGGUUUCUCAAGCCAACAUCAAAAUGGUGGUGCUGGUGGAGGAAGUUCCUUUAUUCUCACAAAAAAUUCUAUCAUUCCCCAAAACGAUAUUUAUGUUUACGAUUCUUUUUAUAAUUUUAUUGAUAAAAAAACCAUAUUAUUUUUUAAAUCAAAGCCAAUUUCUUUUUACUGA